AUGACAAAUAGGGCAGAAUUACUUGCCAAUGGCAAAGUUUCCCAAACUGUCUCUCUUUCUGAUCAAAGCCAGUUUACAUCAGCAAUGGUUCCAAACUUGGCUUUUGGAGAAAACAUCAACACAAGCAGUAGUGAGGAUAUAGAUAUCAUUGACAGUACUGAAGAUGAUGAGUCCAUAUACAAUUUUGGAGAAGAAUGCAAGAAUGUCAUUGACGAAAUUGAAGGCACCACACCCUCGCUAGUCUUUGAUUUUAGCCAGCCUCUUCCUGUUCCCAGCAACGAUGAUAAAAAGAAUCUCGCGUUCAUGCAGUUGAUCCAAGAGUUUGGAAUUUCUCAUCGAGCCCACAAAAGGAUUCUUCUUGAGCGCUUCUUGGGUAUCAAAGCAGACAGAUACGACAUUUGCAUCAGAGGUUGUAUGCAGUUCAGCAAUGAGAAUGAUAUCGCAUGCGUAAAAUGCGGUGAAGCAAGAUACAAAAAUGGCCAAACUAGCAAAAGUGACACCAGGGUUCCUGUGAGAUCGAUCGUACAGCUUCCUUUGGCCAGACAGCUUGCUUUGUGCUUGGCUGAUGACAAGACCAGAGCUGAAAUGCUCUAUUGUCAUAACCACUAA